AUGCGUCUUCACCAAGCAGUCUGGUUGUAUGCUUCCCUCCACGGCAACGAUUAUGCGCGAGCGUACGCUAAGGAGCGACUACAACUGUCAGAGGAUGCUCGUCGUGUCCGCGAUUCGAAGUGGCUACUUAACAAAGGGGGUGUCCGUCUUCGUGAGCAGUGGCGUGCGCUUCCUUCUCCAAAACGGCGACGGCUUCUUCAGGAGACACCUGACCUGUCGUUUCCAGAAGGGGUUGAUGGAAUACUAGAUGAAAGGCGUCGAAACCUACCUCGACAGAAGAGCGUCUUGGAGUCCGCACGGGAGUUGUCUGCUACUGAUAUGACAUCGCCAGAUGUGGCCGACAAAGUAGUUCGCAUGGCGAAUGCACGCAGCAAUUACCACCAAAUACUGUGCGAAGAGCAUCGAUUGCGUGUCCGCGCUGAAUACAACCGCGGAAGCCUCGCAGGGGUGCUCGAGUCAGCGGCAUCUAGUGUCAUUAGCGCUGUAGCUCUAGCUAAGGCUGAUUGCCCAACAACGACUAAGGCUGAUUGCCCAACAACGAGUGACGAGGCUUUUGCUGCAGUUUGUACACGACUUACGUGUGUUCUAGGAACGAUGUUGGGAACAGCUCAAUUCGAUCCAGAUCCUGACGAUGACCAACCAUCCCGAGCCUUUUCUGAAUCUCGAAUCCAGGCAGCGCGCCGGAAAUACGAUGUAAGCGUGCGGGAAGUGCAGGCAGCAUGUGAUGAAGAGCACGUAGGGGCUGCCUGCAAGCUCUUCCCAGCCGCACACCGCAACAGAUACUUUGGGAAUUUGUUAGCACUGAUGCAGUUGGUAUAUUUGAAUUACGGAAACCAUUAA